GCUGGAAGAGGAGCUGGGCUUUUUUCUUCUUGUUGUUUGGGAGGAGGGGUGGGUCUUCCUAAUGGUGCCCAAGUCCCUAUCCCUGUGGUGGGUUUGAGUUGCCCCACACAGGGCUGAGGAGAGCCAGGCAUCCUGGGUGAGGAGCUACCAUAAGGAGGAUCAGAGAGCCUGGGUCCCGCUCUUCACUUUGGCUCGUGGACCUGGCCCAGCUCUGGGAGAAAGCUUCUUAGUGAGGAGAUAGAUGUCAGUCUGGUAGCUGGCACCUGGCAUUUAGUAGAGAUUCAGGGUCAUGUGCCAGACUGGGGGCUUGCCAGAGAUGGCCCUUUUAGCUAUCAGGCCAGUGCUCAGAUCUGAGUGGGAGCAGGUCCUGGCCUCCUCUUUGGUCUCUUCCCUCCCUUCCCUGAGCUGUUAGCCUCAAUACCCAGUUGUGUGGGUUAAUCACUAGAGGAUGAAUCUCUGGCCUGCCCCACCCUGCAGCCAGUCUCUGUGACUGGAACCCUCUGGCAGGACCCCAAGCCUAGGCCUCUAAGCUCCCAACUUCUUUUGUCCUCCCCAUUCCAGCGAUCAGUUCAAGGGCCCUCACUAGACACUUGUAGAUGCCAUGCUCAACCAGGCCAGAGCCCUAGCCUGCCUCCAGAGCCAAUGGCAGUGGGAGGCAGAGCUCCACCCAGCCAGGUGUCAGGAUUCCUGGGUCUGCUCAGAGCCUGACACCUCUGUUCCACCCACCCAGGCCAGUGAGGAUGGCGAGAGCGUAGGACACUGCCCUUCCUGUCAGCGGCUCUUCAUGGUCCUACUCCUCAAGGGUGUGCCCUUCACACUCACCACAGUGGACACUCGAAGGGCAUUGGAUGUGCUGAAGGACUUCGCACCAGGCUCACAGCUGCCCAUCCUGCUGUACGAUGGGGAUGUCAAGACAGACACACUGCAGAUCGAGGAGUUUCUGGAGGAGACGUUGGGGCCACCUGACUUCCCUAGCCUGGCACCCAGGUACAGGGAGUCCAACACAGCGGGCAAUGACAUCUUCCACAAGUUCUCUGCCUUCAUCAAGAACCCAGUGCCUACACAGGACAAUGCCCUGUAUCAGCAGCUGCUCCGGGCCCUGACCAGGCUGGACAGCUACCUGCGUGCACCACUGGACCACGAACUGGCACAGGAGCCACAUCUUCGUGAGUCCCACCGCCGCUUUCUCGAUGGUGACCAGUUCACGUUGGCUGACUGCAGUCUACUACCCAAGCUGCACAUUGUGGAUACCGUGUGUGCACACUUCCGCCAGCUGCCCAUCCCCGCGGAACUGUCCUGCGUUCGUCGCUACUUGGACAGUGCGUUGCAGAAGAAGGAGUUCAAGUAUACGUGUCCACACAGCGCAGAGAUCCUGGCUGCCUACCAGCCUGCUGUGCACCCCCGUUAGCCCCACUACUUCCAUACACUCAUCUGCAGCCCCAUAAAGCAUCUCUGCCCCAAG